AUGGAGAAGGAAGGUUCAAUCAAAAGUCACAAAAUUGUGCUGUUGAAUAUAGGACAAAUAGUGUUUGGGAAUAUGCAAAAUGCCACAAAUGGUAGUGGGGAUGAAUAUAAUGCGCUUUUAGUUGAAGUGGAAAGAUUGAAGAAAGAAAACGAGCAGCUUAGAAUAUCUGCAAGGGGAAAUUCAGAAAGGACGAAUCUACAUGAGAGUGUAAAAGAAGAAGAGAUAAGGAAUAAGGGAGGCACUAUAAAUGGCACUGAAAGUAGGGCUGGGUUGUUGGAUAAGAAGGUUAUUACAUUGACGAAUGAGCUUUCUGAGUAUAAAAAGGAGAAUGCGUCACUCAAAGAGGAGAAUAUGUCGCUUAAAGAAGAGAAUGAGAUGUUAAUGGAGGAAAUAAGAACCCAAAUUGGGAAGAAAGAGGGCGAAAUGGCGGUUACAGAAGGAAAUCAAGAUGAAAAUACUGCAUUGAAUAGUACAGAUCACAAGCGUGCACGAUCAAAAGAUGAUGAUGAAUCUGCAAAUGGAAAAAAAGCCCGCAUCCUAGAGUUGAAAGACAACCCGGUUAGUCGAUACAGGUGGACGAACGAAAAGAUGGUGGAAUUACUCAGAUCAGAAAACGAUGACUUGCUUAAUGGAGUAUUAGCUGAGUAUAAAAAGGUUCCUUUAAGCAGCUAUGAGCGACUAAAGAGCGAUAUCGAAAUUGAAAAAAGGAAGGUUGCAAAGACUGCAAAGAUGAUGCAACGACUGAAAGAUAAGUAUAAUCAGGGAAUCAAACGGUUUGUGGAGAUUGUUUAUAAAGUGCUUGGAUACAAGAUAGAGUUUGUUACCGAGUGGCGAAUACGGAUAGUACCAAGAUUAGCUAAAGAAUGCAGUGUUUGCUUAGAUAUGUCUGAUAUCAAUGAUGUAAGGAUGAACAGACGAAAUAUCCAAAGGCUGGAUGAUGGGCAAGGUGGGAAAAUCGUUGAGAAUCUCAUGAAGUUCUGGAUUAUUGAUAAACGAGAAUUAUCGUGCUUUUUUAGCUCUUUGAACUUGGAGCUGUAUGAGAGAAAAAGGGAGAAUAAUGUUGAUUAG